CCUAUCCUAUCUCUUUAAAUGAGACAGAGCUGUUCCGCUCCGCUCUGCGCGUGUGUGCGUGUGUGUGGAGGAGAAAUUACGAGACAGAGAGAGGGCCACUCUGUUGUGGAGGAGGACUAGGCGAUCGAAAACACAACAGAUUGGAUAUUUUGAUUUGAUCUGAGCGCUUUUGCAGGAGGCUGUGGAUCGCUUCUCUCUACCUUUGACUCAUUGUGAUUUUGGACCGGGCUGCUCCUCUUGUAUCUAUGGGCUCGGCAGGCGCAUCUUUCGCCUUCCGAUAGGACAUAACGGGCAGGGCUGCCUUCAAAUAAUUAUUUAUUUCGCUCUCUCCGCGCCGCAGCGUUGGGAGAAACGUGAUCGAGAGGCAGCGAUAAGAGCGCGCUGAUCAUGGAUUAAUGCCCGAGUAGAUUUUCAUCAGAGAGGUUCCCAAUGUUGAACAUGUCCACCCCCAGCGAGCUGAAGUCUCCCUGCGUGACUCGCAACGGUAUGGUGAAGUUGCCCCCCAGCCAGCCCAACGGUCUGGGAAGUGCGAGUAUCACCAAGGGGACACCUGCUGCCAAGAACCGUCUGUGCCAGUCCUCCUCGGUACCCUCCAUCCUUCCUCCUCCACCGUCCUCCCUUCCCUACCACCACCACCACCACCUGGACGGCUCUGGCAUGCCCAACUCAGCAGCCUCUCUCCUCGGCUCUGACAUGGAGCCUGGAAAGCCUCUGAUGGGCUUGAAGCCAUCCCUCCGCCAGCUUCCCCCUCUCACUCUACCCAAACCCAUGCUGCUGGAACGCCAGCUCGUCCUGGAUGAGAAGCUGCUUAACCGAUUGCUCUGGUACUUCACCACAGCUGAAAAAUGUGUGCUGGCGCAGGUAUGCAAGACAUGGCGUAAAGUGCUGUACCAGCCCAAGUUCUGGGAGGGUGUGACACCCAUCCUGCAUGCUAAGGAGCUAUAUACCCUGCUGCCCAACGGGGAGAAGGAGUUUGUCAGUCUGCAGGCCUUCGCCUUGCGUGGAUUCCAGUCUUUCUGCUUAGUGGGCGUCUCAGACCUGGACAUUUGUGAGUUCAUCGACAACUACCCCCUGUCCAAGAAAGGUGUUCGCUCAGUCAGUCUCAAGAGGUCCACCAUUACAGAUGCUGGUUUGGAGGUCAUGUUGGAGCAAAUGCAAGGCCUGAUGCACCUUGAACUGUCAGGCUGUAAUGACUUCACAGAGGCUGGCUUGUGGUCCAGUCUGAAUGCCCGGCUAACUUCCCUCAGCGUCAGUGACUGCAUCAAUGUGGCCGAUGACGCCAUCGCUGCUAUCUCACAGCUCCUACCCAACCUAUCAGAGUUGAGCCUGCAGGCCUACCACGUCACUGACACGGCCAUGGCUUAUUUCACAGCCAAACAGGGUUACACCACCCACACUCUGCGGCUUCACUCCUGCUGGGAGAUCACCAAUCAUGGUGUGGUCAACAUGGUGCACAGCCUUCCCAACCUGACUGCCCUCAGCCUCUCCGGCUGCUCCAAGAUCACUGACGAUGGUGUGGAGCUGGUUGCUGAGAACCUGCGUAAGCUCCGCAGCCUGGACUUGUCCUGGUGCCCUCGGAUCACUGACAUGGCCCUGGAGUACAUAGCCUGUGACCUGCAUAAACUGGAAGAACUGGUGCUGGACAGGUGUGUGCGGAUCACAGACACUGGGUUGGGCUACUUGUCCACCAUGUCAUCAUUAAGGAGCCUCUAUCUGCGCUGGUGCUGUCAGGUGCAAGAUUUUGGACUGCAGCAUUUGUUUGGAAUGAGGAGUCUUCGCCUGUUGUCUCUUGCAGGCUGCCCCCUGCUGACCACCACCGGUUUGUCAGGCCUCAUCCAGCUGCAGGAACUGGAGGAGCUGGAGCUGACCAAUUGCCCCGGAGCCACCGCAGAGCUCUUCAAAUAUUACUCCCAGCACCUGCCCCACUGCAUGGUCAUUGAGUAAGACCACUGACCCACCCCACUGACCGACCGACCGACCGCCAUAAUUCUACCUUCCUCCUCCUUACUCGUCCUCACUCCUUUCUCAAAUGCUAACCGGGAGACUGAACUGCUCCUACCGUACCACCAUUCCUCAUUACCUCCUCUCCCCUCCCUUGCCCGUCUUCCUUCAUACCCCAUUGAGUAGACUGACCCACAGGCGGACAGAGAGGCAGGAAGGCAGAUGAUGGUACAUGCCAGACCCAGAGGAUGAUGGGAUGGCAUUCGAGCUUCAUUUCAGAAGAUGCCAGAGCGAGGAGCUUGGUGUGACGUCUUGUCUGACAGCAAGUUUCUUUUUCAGAAUCAACAAAAGGUUUGACGAAGGAGAGCUUCUCUAAAGACUAUGAUGAUUUUUUUUUAAGCUGAAUGGAUACUGAAGGGAGCGACGUGCACAUAUCCAGAUGAAGCGUAGAGGAAUUAGGAAAAGGGAAAUAAAGACUUUUGUGUUUGAGCUGAUACGGUGGAACUCACACAUGCGCUCAUACACUGUAAACACACUCACACACAUACUGUAUAUGGUAAGUGAAACAAAUGUAAGUCCUCAAGACCAUGAGUACUGACGUUUCUAUUUCCAUCACUCUGUGUAAUAUAACUGCUGUUAUUUUUUUUCUUAGAGGGUAUCAAAGGUUCAGUUUCCUCUUGUUUAGAGAGAGACACCAUAUGCCAGCUGGAGAACUUGGAAUCAGAGAGGACUAAAGAUGCAGUUCAGGAAGCAGAUGACAGGGACGGAACUUCUCUCUCUCUCUCUCUUUUUCUCUCUCUUCCUCUGCGUGUGAAGUGUGCGUCAUGAACUCACAGGUUCCUGUCUUUUUGGGAUACCACCACCUUUUUCCAUUUCUGUGUCUUAUAAGAAAAACAAAAAAGGAGAAUAUUUGAAAAACAACAGUUUACAUUUUUUUUGUUUUGGAGUUGAUUGGCUCAUUAUGUCACUCUUUUUCCCCUCUCUGCUUCAUUUUUUGUACACAUAUUUAAUUUACAGAUCUGGAGGAUAAGCUGUCGUAAACUGUGAAUGUUGUGUUUUUAAAGGGGAAAUGUGUUGCUGAGGCAGUGUAACAUGAACAAGCAGUAAGUCAAAUGGAAAGCAAAGCGUGCAGAAAGUAUCUGACUUUAAUGCUUGAGAGUGUCUGCUCAAAUAAUGAAUAGGAAAUAAUGAAAAAACAAGGCGACUGUGGGGCUUAAAGCAACAGUAACAACUUAGUAUUUCAGGACUCAAACUAACAAAUAACUUCAGUUAACGGGGAGAUUUGCAAGCAGCUUUUCUGUUGGUGGGGUAGAUUUAUCCAAAUUGGGGGGAAAUCUGGUUUUGGAAUUCUUUCUCUCUUCUUUCCAUUUUUGAAAUGCAGAUAGAAACACAUGGUGUUAAGUGUUUGAGUUGUGUGGUUCUGAAGCUGCUAGUGCAUUGUGUGACCCCCUUUUCUAAGGAAGGUAAAAGGGGAGGCAUUUCAUUCAGUAUUUAAUAUUAGAGUGCCGUGUCCACUACAGGCCAGGGUCAGACAUAAACAGGAGCUAAGGGUAGGCUAAUGUGUCAGUUUUUGAAAGAUCAUUUAAUUUGUGGGAAUUUUACAAAUUUUCCCACAAACCCAGAGUCAGUGAACCUAAUAGAUUGCCUUUUUAUGUUUAUGUUUGAAGUUAGCCUAGCUUAGCUCAACUAGCUGAUGUCAAUGGGAUCAUAUAACAGCUCUUUUAACGCUGGGUUAACACUACAAGACAUUUUUGUCUGUUCUUACAGUCACUAUGUCAGACUAGGCGAUUGUGGAGUCAUAAAAUCUUGCCAUGACAGAAAUCCCAGACUACACGUUGGUCCAUGCCCAAUCAUCACUAGUCGUCUUUCGUCUUUUCAAAAUUACAAGAGGCUUUUAAUUUUGAACGGAUACUGGAAGUGUUGAGUUUGAAAUGACGGCACAAUGCAUUCAUUUUUCACAGGGCAAAUGGGAACUGAUUAAAAAUGAAAAAAAAAAAUAGAAAAGGAGGAAAUAAUAAAUAACGGCCCAUUUCUAAUGUAGUCUAUCUCAAAUGAAGCUGGUAGCCUCUGCUGUUUUAUGCUAUUAUUUUUCCAUUUCACUCUGUGUGGUAACGUCCCUCGAGGAAAUAUCUAAAAGGCUGGGAUGUUGUUGUCGUUGUACAGUUGUCCACAGCAGCAGACUGUUUGUGUUUCUAUUGGUCAAAGUGACGGCUGUGACAGGACAAGUUGUGAAGGACACAAAGAAAAUCAAAUAUGCUAGGCCUUCUGUCAGGACGGCAUGAGGUAUUUUAGACGUGGCAUCAGUCAUUGUCUACUAUGACACACCACACGAGAUGAAAUGGUGGAUUAUUACGUACAAAACUCAUUGUUCACAAUCAUUGGGCUAUAAUUGCGCUGAUAAGUGUAGUGUGAACCCAACCUAAGCAGUUGGCCCUACAAUCGAUGGCUGGUCAAACAGUGUUAAAUGUUUGAAUUUUAACUGACAUUUCACGGCCGUCAUUGAAAUCAUAAUGUUUUUCAAAUCACUGCAAACUGAGAGGUGAGUGUAUAUGAAUCUUAAAACUGAAAACUGCCUUUUAAAGGCAGACCAGCCUUUGGAAGUAAAAAAAUGUGAGGAAAAACAAAAACUAAGUUAAACAAUAAGCUGUCAUUUAGGAGUUUGCUUUUGAUGCUUUUAAAUCUGUUCACAUUAAACAUAAUUGGCAGAAAAAUAAGAUUGGCACUGUACAUUUCUGCAAACCACAGAUACAUUACAUUGAGUGUUGAAACUUUACAUUUCAACAAAGCUGUGGUUAGCAUUUGGUUAAGUUUUGGCACAAAGGCACAGGGUUAAGUGUUAGGGGGUUAGGGUUUUUAGGAAAAGAAGUGAUGUACCAAUAUUCCCACUGGAAAAACCCCAUGUUUGGUGCCUAAAAAGCUGUUAUUUGUUCUCUCAUAGUGGUCUGCAGCUUGGCAGGCAUCUCACUGAGGUGUCACACCAUCCAGUGUUCCCCCCACCUCCCAAUGACAAAGCGCUCUCAUAUACUGCAUCAAUUUAGAAAUGCUGAUAUGAUACCUAUGAAAUUUACAAAUGUAAAGUAUUCAUUGUUUACUAAAAUGUACAAUGUCAGCAUUUUCUUCUGCCAACUUGGCUGAAAUAUUUGUUAAUUGGCCAGAUGGGAUAUGUUUGAUGGAACCACAUUGGUCUUGUUGAAUGAUAUGUUUUCUCUUUAUAGUGUACAAUAUUUUGUGCAGUAGCCUUAGACCUGCUUCGCCCCUAUCUAUUGGGCAAGUUGGGAGGAAACCAGCCAUGUUCCCAACAGUAUCACAGAGAAAACUUUACAUUAUUAAAGAUGUGAAUAGAUGGAGCCUGGGUACCAGUGGCACCCCCAGAACUGUUUUUUCCUAGGGGUGGAAAUGAAAAUGAAGCCUAAAUGUGAAGCAUUACUUACCCCACUUCCCAACAUGUUAGAAUGAAUGGUUGAUACCAACAGAUGUUUUAGGCUGUCUAAGAUACCACUACUGUUUAAAAGAGUUUAAAAAAUAGGCGUGCCACAGCCCUGUAAAGACAGUAACAUCUGCCUUCUACUUCUUCUAAACUAUAUUCAGGGUGGUCAUGGCCACCCAUUGAGGGUGCCACUGGGGGUUACACAGUGAAGACAGAAGUUAUGCCUGAAGGGUUUGACUUAAAGCAUAAUUUAAGUUUAUUUCAACUUGGGUUGAAAACAUACCAACAGGUUAAUCAGAUAUAUUUAGAUGAUAAUGUUGUUUUUUUAGACAUUAGAUUCCACAGCCAUAAACAGAGCUAAGCUAGGCUAAGCUUUAUAUUCACCAUGCCUUUGUACUGCUAAACAAAAGGCAUCUACAAGUGUCUGACUCUGGGUAAGAAGUCAAAAUAGUAAAGUUUUCCAUGAACCAAAGUAUUUAUUAAACAUGGAAAUAAGUUACUGAUGCUUCAAAGGAAAAACAAAUUACUUUAAAGCCAGUAGUCGUGUUUCUUUUCCCGCGAUCUUCUGAUAUUAAAAGGACAGGAAUGAGCCCAACAGUGAGCCACUGUGCUGCUUUUUGCCUCUUGUGUGUCCUCAGAUGUGCUGACUGCCAACUGAAGGGAUUGGAUCAGUGUCAGCCAGUGUUAGGUUGUGCCAAAUGCAUCCGCAGCAGCACAUAAAAUGUGGCUGGUUGCCUCUAGCUGAUCGCUGACUACACUGAAACGGACUGAGCGUGUACUGUACGGACAUGGCGGACCAUGCAUGAUUUUAGUUGGUCUGCGUUGUGUUUCAAGAAGGCUCAUUUUAGAGGUUGUUCUGAAUCUCUUCAUUGUACAUAAGUAUAUUUAUUUAUUUAUCUAUUUAUUUAAAUUAAUUUGUGUCUUAUUUACGUGAUUUAUUUAUUGAAGAGACAUUCUUCUGAGGAUUUUGUUUCAUGGAACUUGCUUCAAAUUUGGGCCUGAAUUAGCUUAUGCAUUGAUUGUUGUUGGGUUUUUUUUCUAUUAUAAUUAUGAUUUUCUGACAUUUCAGACCCCGAAGUGAAAUAAUCUACUUAUUACACAUUUAACAUACUCUUUUAGAUACCAGUGACAAUUAACAUCAUUAACACUGACUUAAAGUUUUUAAAUCUUCAUAAUGCGCAAGGGUAUAUUUUCCUCUGUGCAAGUGUGUGUCAACUUUGUAUUGCUGUCGGGUCCGUCACUAAGAAUAAGGGGGCAAACAGUGGUGAUAAGUUAUAUUUCCUGUCAUUGUCCUGAAUGUGGAAAUACAGAGUAUGAUAUACAUAAAAGCAUUUGAAGUCUGAGAUUGACCUCUGUCAUUGCUAAGCAAUGUUUACACUGUCUACUAACAUGACAAAGGGCAAGAUCUCGGAAGAUGAGGAUUUAUGGAAGCUCAUUUCUGACAAGACUCAUGAAAGAAAAACAAAUCCAUACAAGUGAGCUAGCUUUAGCACUAGCUCUGCACUCACUAGCUGUGGUUUGGGAGAGCUUAAGGGGGAACUUCAGUGUUUUUCAACCUGGACCCUAUUUUCCAGUGUUUUUCUCUCUAAGUGAUUAAUGGGAACACCAAUUUUUAAAACUGGUCCAGUGGAGAAACAGUUUGUAAUGUAACCCCUCUGGGUGUUUGGCAUUGUCAAUUAACGUCCACUAAAAGAGCUUGUUUUGCCACUGACAGGGCAAAGCCACCAGACUCCAUUAAAAUAAACAAUAUUUUUUUCAUUGUGAAACACACUUCAUUUUAAGUCAAGAGAAACAAAAUGAAACGUCUUUCUGCUGUUUUUUAUUACUGUCUGAAAACAUUAUGAAGAGACAGACCUUUUUUUUCAAAGAGCAGUAUCCUUUUUCGUUGAACUAGAAACCACAAUCACAAUCUCCAAACAGCCCAGACCCCAUUGAAAUAAAUGUUAACUAAACCAUGUAUAGAAUCAGCAUAUUUUAAAAUCUAACUAAUGAACUGAUAAUAACAAUAGUAAUAAUAAUAAUAAUAAUAAUAAUAAUGAUGAUAUUUUUACUUGUAUAGCACUUAUCUAAACAAAAUUACAAAGUGCUUCACAAAGUGCACAAAAAUAAGACAACAAUAACAGUAUUUUUUAAAAAUGUUAUGAGCUGAGAAAAAUUGUGUAUACAAAGGCAAAAAUAGAGCAAAAGGAAAUAAAACACAAAAGUUACAAAUCAAAAGUGCAAAUCAGGCAUUACAAGGUAAAUCUUGACGGCAAAAGCCCGGUCACCCUCAAUCUAGGGAUGACUUGCGAGGGUGUAUUUCAACCACACCAGCGUUGUUGAUUGUUGGAACAGUGGGAAGAUGAACUGAGACAAUUUUUGUGGGUAUUAUUUGUUUUUGUCAACUUUGAAUGAAGUCUGUUUCACAAUGAUUACAUUACUGUUUAUUUAAAUGGAGUCUGGCGACUUUGGCGACUGUAAUUUCAGGGCUGUUUCUAGUUAAACAAGAAUGAUCUUACUCUUAAACAAAAACUCCUGUAGGAAUCCUUUCUAUAAUGUUAUCAGACAUUCACUCUCAGCCUAUUAGUGGUAUCACUUGGGGCACAAAUGCUUUCAAGUAAUUUCACCACUGCCGGCUGUCAUCUCCAUUAGUCACUUAAAAACAAAACAUGGGAAAAUAGGGUCAAGGUUGAAAAAGACCAAUCAUACCCUUUAAAUGGGUUAUGGUGGCAUGACACAUACAAAGACAACCUCAAGACAGCAAGCAUGCUGGUUUUGUUAUGACUUUAACUACCCACUCUCGUAGAUACUCGUGUAUGAAUGCAACUUAUUCAGGAUUGAAGUCCAUCAAAUGGAAGCAACAUUAAGUGCUUACUACAGUUCCCACUGGGGCUACUUGCACAGUAGUCUUGCUCACCAGACCUUUCUCAAGAAAAGAAAGGUCUGGCUGGGCCGACUCUCACUUUAAGAUUGGAGAAAAAAACGCCCCGGCUGCUUGUAUUUCUUUCAACCAAUCACAAUCGUUCUUGGCGGUGCCACAGCAAUGGUGCGCUUGCAAAAAUAUUGCCGGGGGGAAACAGGUUUUGGUGUAACACGCCCACAGAAAUAUCGCCUACAGGACGUGAACCAUGGCAGAAAAAUGGCUACAUCCCCGCAAGAUUAACCUGAGUGUCAGACUGAAGCUCCCAGAACCUUCAGUCUGACAUGGCUUCCAUUGAAGGCGAUUUACAAGGGGGAGGGAAUUUGAUUUUUUCCCUAACCAAUCAGUAGAGAUCAACGACUCACCCAGAAUGUGACGUUAUUAGUAUCCAUGCCUCGGGGGUGCCGAAAACAAGCGAGCAUUGCCCGUUUAAAAUGUCUCCGUCGUCGUGCACGCCCAGCUGCAUCGCCGUUAAAUCCAGUUUAGCAGCUUCCUUAAUUUGGUCCUCCAUUAACGCGAGUAGUGGCAAAAUACCUCGAUAGCAUCGUUAAUGUGGUCUGUAGGAUCUGUAGCGGUCGCCAUUGUUGCUAUCCUCACCAGUUACCCACCGGCGUACAGCUUGACAUCAGCGUGUCGCUGAUUGGCUAAUCGCUAGACCCCCGGCAUUCAUUGGUCCGUCCAUCGUUUGGAUGAGAUAAAUCGCAAAUUCACUUAAGUAUGCCAGACCAGUAAUGCAAGCCUACUCAGUUGAGUGGGCGGGGUCUAUGGUCUGGAACCAGGCUACCGCAAGAUCAAACACCGCAAAAGUUAGUAAAGGACAUGUUGAAAACUGCAACCGGAGAUGGUAGGGCGGGACUUUCAGUGGGUGGCUCGUUCCGCCCAAUGAGAGGCUGAUCUUUGCAGCGAACUUCCACCCACUCAGACUACUUGCACAGUUACUGUACCAGACCUGGAACCAAGAGUCUCAUUAUCUGUCUUUUGGCCAACUCUUAAUUAUCAUUCAAUGGCUGCAUCUGGUACAAUUCUACUAAAGUUUAGGUUUUGGAGACUCAAGUAUAAAAGGCCUAGUUAGCAGAAAGAUGACAAUUAUUUAUUGUCAAAAAACUGAACAAAUUCAUUAAGCAAACCUAACAGUCAUUUACUUUAUCUUCUGUUUGACUUACAGUGCAGAACAGCAUGCAAAAUAUCCAUGUGCAAACAUCAAGUUGUUUUAAAUAUCGAUAUUACACAGUUGCAAAUAAUGAAUUUAGAAGUCUCUAAUUGGCCUCAGCUCUACUCUAUCACCCAAAAAACAGAUGUGUUCUGCACAAACAGCUGUGUUCCUGCUCUCUCAAACCCAGACUCACAACCUGAUUACUGACCUCUUUCAGUAGUUUUGCUUUAAAUGAGCUUCCAAAGGAUUCAAAUGUGAGUUUACAUAUCAUGAACUCUGACAUGCACAGUCAUGCAUUUCUCAGCUACAAACAACUAACAACAAACCUUUCUAAGGUCCAUUAUCUAAGGUACAUUUUCUAAGGUAAAUAAUUCUGUUCACUUCUCUUGCUGUCUACAGUCUUUGGUCUACAUCUGUCACCAUUUUGUUACAACCCUUGUACAGCACAACUUUAAGUAAGCAGUAAAAUAAAUACUGACAGUUUACUGAUAAUGUUGAAAUUGGCAGAAUUUGUGUGCUCUUUCAGUUUAAGUGUGUUUAGCCAAGCUGUGCCUGUACUGAUCUUGCUUUUAUUGAAUACCAUCUUUGCACUGAUGACCAGUGGCUUUCCUGUUCCGGUACCUGCAGAUGUUCCAGACCAUUUGGAAAGAAAAAAGAAAAAAGAAGACGCAUCAAUAUCACACCAACAUGUUAGUUGACAAGAAGUCCCAGAGCCAGGUAUAUUCAGUAAUUGGUUUGGAUUUCUGGCAACAUUAGAAAUGAACUAAUAGUGUGUGUGCUGUGGUGUUCACACAGGCACGUCAGUAUUUUCAGUGGCAAGGUAAAAUGUUGCAAAAAAGAUUGAUCACAAUAUGUAUCAUUAGAUUUCAGGUCGUAAGCAAAUAAAAUGUAACAUUGUAAAGUACGUAGUGGACUAAAUAACAAACACCACAUUGAUUGUGCAUCUACUGACAAUAUGUAUUUUUUGACAAAAAUGCUCGUACAGUGGCGUGCAAAAGUUUGGUCACAACUGGUCAAAAUGUUGUUUACUGUGAAUAGUUAAACAGAAAAUGGUCUGAAAAUGAACUGAUCUCCAAAAUGCAUGAAGUUAAAGAUGACACAUUUCUUCAAUAUAUUCCUACACUAGUUUUUAAUUUCAAUCUUUUACAGUUUCAAAAUAACAACAGGAAAAGGGCCUAAGUAAAAGUUUGGGCACCCUGCAUGGUCAGUACUUAGUAGCGCCCCCCUUGGCAAGUAUCACAGCUUCUAAACGCUUUUUGUAACCAGCUAAGAGCCUUUCAAUUUUUGUUGGGGAACUUUCACCCAUUCUUCCUGCAAAAGGCUUCUAGUUCUGUGAGAUUCUUGGGCCAUCUUGCAUGCACUGCUCUUUUGAGGUCUAUACACUGCAACUUAAAGGAGCAAUAAGUGAAAUUCAUCAUUUCUAGAUUAAAGGAAUUUAAAAAAUGCUAUGUGAAGAACUAGAGGUGUAAUUUCAUCUGGAGUAUAGCAUGACCUCACACCCUCUCUCUCUGUGUUGAUCUCCAGCCCAUUGUUUACAAUCCGGUCCGGCUGCGCGUUCAUCUACGUUCAUGUGAAUCCCCAGCACCCCCCACCUCUCGGAGCCCUUGGCCCUCCCUCCCUGUAAAAGGCUACAGCCAGUGAGCAAUGGCAGCAUGUAUUUUCAAAAUGAAAUGGCAGAGAGCGAAACGAAACCGGGGCUACCGGUGCUUCCUCCUCAGGCUCCACUUCACUCAGCUGCCCCAAGGAUCCGCUGCCUCUCCCACUUUAACCUCAAUAACAAUCCGGAGCUAGCUGGGAGCGGCUGGCGAGGCGUUAGCCGCAGCAUGACCGGAGGGAAGUACAGCCAGUUAGCCUCCGCUAGCUUCCCAACUAGCCCUGGCUCUCUGUUUGGAUCCAACCGGUGCAGCGAGCCCUGGUUUGUUAUUCAGCUUAAUGUGGGAAGAAGCAGCAGGUUUAUCGGGCAGCUGAGUGAAGCUGGGUGAAGUGGAGGCUGCGGAGGAAACACCGGGAUGGGUUAAUGUCUGGAGCUUGAGUUAUUAGCGGCUCGUUCCCAGCAAUGGGUCAGGCAUUACGGUUGUGUUAAGUGAGUAAGUUAGCCCAGCAGCCCAGCUAACAUUUUCAAUUAGCAUUGUACUGGCGAGCCAGGCGUGCAGCCUGCGAGGCUACAUUUUUGUAAUAUAUU